GACCAUUGCUUAUUAACUUGAAUGAGCAAAGUUCCUUCCUUCGCCUCCCAAGUUCCCACCAAUCUCAAACUCAACAAUCUCAAAGUCACAAAAUAUGAUUUCAUCACAAACUGUUAAACACAUCUCAGAAUCCUUCAUCAAACCAAAGUAUGAAGUUAAGGAAGCCAAUCAACCUUUUUACUUACCUCCUCUAGAUUUAGCUAUGCUCUCUGUUCAUUACAUCCAAAAGGGUCUACUCUUCACCAAACCUUCAAACUUAAAUGAUCAACCAUUCUCUAUUCACACAUUCCUUCAAAAUCUCAAGGAUUCGCUUUCACUCACCCUCGUCCAUUUCUACCCAUUAGCUGGCCAACUCGCGACCCAAAUAGACGAAGACCAACACAAAUGUCUGGUCUUCGUCGACUGCAACAAAGGCCCUGGUGCAAGGUUCAUCCAUGCUACGUUAGAUAUGACUAUAUCCGACCUACUUUCACCCACCGAUGUUCCUCUAGUGGUUCAAUCAUUUUUUGACCAUGACAAAAAUGUUAACCAUGAUGGUCAUUUUAAGUCUUUGUUAACCAUUCAAGUCACUGAGCUUUUAGAUGGAAUUUUCAUUGGUUGUUCUAUGAAUCACGCCCUAGGAGACGGAACCUCAUUCUGGCAUUUUUGGAACAUUUGGUCUAUGAUCCAUUUAGGAAUACGCGAUGAAGUAGUUCCUUCAUCGCGUAUUCCAAUUCAUAACCGAUGGUUUCCUGAAGGGCAUGGCUCGGUUUUCCUACUCCCCUUUACUGAACCAAAUGAAUUUAUUAGCCGAUAUGAAGCACCUCAACUCAGAGAAAGAAUCUUCCAUUUCUCAUCUGAGUCUAUGGCACGACUUAAAGCGAGAGCAAAUGAGGAAAUCAAUACAACCAAUAAAAUCUCAUCGUUUCAAGCCUUGUCAGCACUCUGUUGGCGAGCAAUAGUUCGCACAAACCGUCUAUCUAAUGAUCAGUCCACUGCUUGCAGACUAGCAGCUAAUAACAGGCAGAGAUUAGAUCCACCUUUGCCUCAAGCCUAUUUUGGUAACUGUAUAACAGCGUUGAAAACAACUACCACGGUUGGUGAACUACUUGAUCAUAACUUAGGGUGGGCUGCAUCAUUGUUGCACCACACAGUGGUAAACCAUAGUGACAAAAUAGUGCGCGGCUUUGUUGAUGAAUGGCUGAAAUCACCCUUUAUUUACCAUCUUGAUAAGCUAUUUGAUUGCAGUGUGAUGAUGGGAAGCUCGCCUAGAUUCGACAUGUAUGGGAAUGAAUUCGGGAUUGGAAAAGCAGUUGCUCUUCGUAGUGGGUACGCCAAUAAAUUUGUUGGAAAGGUGACUUCUUAUGAAGGUUGUGAGGGUGGAGGAAGUGUGGAUUUGGAAAUAUGUUUACCUCCUGAUUUCAUGAAAGCUCUUGAAUCAGAUGAGGAAUUUAUGAAUGCUGUCGCAUUAUAAACUAUACAGUACUAAUUAAAGACUAAUAAGGCACAAAUGAAGCAUCAAAAUCUUUGUUCACAUUAAUUAAAAGCCAAGUUUUUUAUGUUAAUUGUAAUUUUCAUGUGUCUGAAUUAUCAGAUUAUCAUUUUGUAUCCUAAUAUUUUUCUACUCGGAAGCAUAAUAAGGUUCCCUUUUUUCUCUUUCCAAUUUGAUUCUAUUGUGUCUAAGAACACAUUUAUGAGCUCUCUUCUAGUCUAAAGAAUCUACUAUAUUAUAUUUCAACCAA